GAUGUUACUAGGUAUCUGUUGAAAAUCAUGCUUUUCAUAGCAGAUGUAUCACAUCCUGCAAUAUGUAUGCAAACGAGGAAAAAAUUGUCUAUGCAGACUGAUACUAGCAGGCGUUUGUUUUCUAAAUAAGUUUUACUUUCUAUGCACGAGUAAAAGAUUUUCCUAAUGUCACAUUAAUUUCAUAAGAAUCAUGAUUCUGUUUUUGUUGCAAUUCAGAGCAGUUUUUACAAAAGCGUUUCAUAUUGUAAGCAUUUAAUGACAAAAAUUUGCACACCUUCCGUCCCAAGCUAUCAUUGUUGCAUUGUGAAGUUUUGAGAUUGUGUUGCACUAUUGCAAGAAAUAAGUAUCGUCCAUCAUGUAGGAAACAAAUUUUUCAGUUUCAGAUCUGAUGCGUUUCUUAUUAAAUAAGAUCAACUUCAAAUCAGCGUAUGUUUCUUACUAGAAAUAUUGUGCUUUCGAUCAAGUACUCAGAUAUGAGCUGUUUGGUUACAAGCCAAAAAGUGCAAAAGAUGAAUCUUAAGGAUAUCAAAAAUAUAUACAUUUUAGGUAACAGGCAAAAGCAAAAAGUGUUGUACAACAAUUUCUAUAAUUUGUAGAGGUUUUGAUACAAGGUUUUCAAAUAAAAGAUAAUCCCUUUCUAUGCCAGCUUCAUAUAAAAUUUGGUAUUUUUUUAUAUCAGGCAUCAAAUAGAAGUAAUAAGGUACAUUUCAAUCAUUGUGUGUUAUAAUAAACCUUUUAUCAAACAUUAAGUACCUAUGAUGAAUAAAAAUAUUUUUGACAAAAAAAGGUUUGUUUCUAUGACCCUAGAACUUUUACAUUACAUUUACCAUUCAGAGACUGUGAGGAAACCAGGGUCGACUUUGAGUACUGCAGUUUCUUGACGCUUUGGCGAAUUCCAAUACUAUGCUGCCAUUAAAUCUUAACAUUUGAAGUCUUUUAUUUAAAUUUUUACACUAGGAAAUUUUGUUAAAGAAUAUUUUUGUCGCAGCUGCCAACAAAGAUGAUUGUCAUAUUUCACGAGAAAAUGAUAGACAUUCCCUACAUCCCCCCUCCUCACCUCCGAUGAAGACAGAUACACCUUGUCUCGUUCUGAAUUUAUUACCCAGAAUGCUUCACGGUAAACUUCUUCUCGACUUUCAAUUAUGGCGGGAAAUAGUGCAAGACUCAACGAAGAGGUCGAAAUGGUCGAAUUGGUAUCCUAUGAUUAAAUCUGAGAAAUAACACAAGUUCUGAUCUCUCUCUUCAUUCAGUCAAUGCAAUAUGUUUCUUUGACGUAAUAGAUGUCCAAGGCAUAAUCAUGGCACAGUCGAGCCUACGCGAAAAGUUCAAGUUGCUUCGGCAGUGGCAAAUGCAACAGCAGGAUGUGUUUAGAAAAAAGACCCAGGAAGAUGCCGCCAUUUUUCAGAGAACAGCAAAUUCAGUUGAUAAUAGCUAUGUACAGGACAAUGAUGAUAUUAUUGGGGAUGAUCCGAACAGAAGUCACGGUUAUGAAGAACUUUCGUCAGUUGAACUGAAGGAAAAUUCUAAUCCAAACGAAUCAAGAUUCCUCCAAAGAAUGACUUCAAAUUCAUUACAGCAAGCUCUGUUACUUGCUAUGAAUCAGCUUGGACCUAAAAAUGAAAAUUCAAACGAUGCAGAUUCUACUAACCACAGCAUAAGUAAAAAAUCAAUGGGUUACAACGACUGUGAUGAUGAUAAGAGUAGGAAUGAGGAAAGCAAUGAAGAUGAUAAUCAUGUUGAUGUUGUUGUUGAUGAUAAUUUUAAUGAUGAAAAUGACAAUGAGGGUGAUAUUGGUGCUAACUAUUUUCAAGAUAACUUAGAGACAAGCUUGCUAAAGACUGCAAUUUUCAAACCUAAAAUUGACCAAUCUUUUUGCCAAGACUUGCUAUCUUCAGAUAUUGAAUCAGGACAGGAAGAUGAACAAAAUGAAAUGGAUGGAUUUUAUCCAAUAAGUUAUUCAGAAGAUAAUUUUUCAGAAAAAAGUGCUGAAGUUGAUGUCUAUACAGAUGAAAGCCAAGAAGAUCUUGAAUAUCCCCAUCAAAAUAUUGACUCUAGGAGGAUUCCUUUUGAAGAGCAACCAAUUCAAUCAAAACUAGGUACUGAUGAUGCAAUAACGUUUGAAGAUUUGAUAGACAGACAACUGAAGGCUGAAAAUGAGAAGUUUAAGGCCAAGCCGCAGGAAAAUUUGAUUUUGACCAGUCAUGGAAGUAAAAAAACUUUUUUAAAGAAAGGUGAAGGCACAGCAAGAUUUAAGACAAUUACUUCACUUGGAAACCAGUAUCCACUUGUUGAAAAAGGCAAGAAAACAGCUACUGUACCAAAGUCAGCACUGAAACUCAAACAGGAUAAACGAGCUGUUACUCAGAAAUCAACAUUAUCAUCAGAGAAGGAGUAUACAGAUUUACAAGAGGAAACAAAUGAAAAAGAGAUUCAAGCAGUGUCACCAGAGAGUCGAGUUCAGGGUAGAGCUAAGGAAAAGAUGAUUACUUCCAAUGCUUUUCAUACUGGAAAAUCAAAUGGACCUUUAGAUUCAAAUUUUUCCUUUUGCAGAAAGGCUUUUGCAAGACCGCAAACGCAGGACGUGAAAACAAUCGAUUCAAGUAUUGAAGCUUCGUUUCAGAAGUUGAUAGAAGCUAAAGACGCCGAAGAAAUGAUUGCAGAAGAAGAGUUAGCAGAGUUCGAACUUCUUGAACAAGUGGCACUGGACACGUCCCUUUCUUCUAACGCAUCAUCAAUGCUUCGUCGCGUAUCGCAGAAGUCGGCUAGUGCUAAAAAUAUCACUUCCAGCCCUGUUCAGAAAGGAACAGACCAUCAUGUUCUAGCAUCUAGAAAGGAGAAAACCGUACAGCCUCAGAGAAGUGCAUCUUUCACCGACAUUUCCGAAGAGGACGCGAAUGACACUGCAGAUAGUGACAGUUAUUCGUCAUUUGGCGGAGACGCCAAUACCAGAACAGUAGUACCAAAUAACGAGUCGUAUUUUGAAGAUGAAAAUGAUGUCAUGAAGGAUGGAUUUGGUGACGAUACGGAGUGGACAGAUCAAAACACUGACCACGCUGAUGAAGAAAACUCAACAUUAACAGAGGACGUGACUAUUAUCGAGCAGGAGAAAGAUAUGUUCCAGAAUUUGCAUUCUUCACCUCCGACAUCAAAACUUAUGAAGGCAUUCUUUCCGCAGCUGAAAGAAAGCGAGGCAUCGAAACAAAUGAAAAUGCCAGCAAAAGAGGCCAGUGCAAGGAGAGGACUCUCAGAGAGAGGCAACACACAGGUGCUCAAUGAAAAGGAAAACAGCCCACCUCUGACACAGCAUGAUCUUCUGAAGACGAAACUCUCAGAGUUAGAUACAGAAAUUUCACGAUUCAAAAGCGAAAAUCUUCAGCUGGAAAAGCUUCGUAUUGAUAGAGAAAAGGAACUGAAAAACUUGCAAGAAGAAGUCGAGGAGUUUAAGAAAAAAAGGUCAGACGAGCUCGAACGAAUUGAAAGAUUUAGAACAGAAGAAAUUCAGAAACUGAAGCGUGAGAAAAAGUUGUUUGAAAAAUAUCAGAAGUCAGUUCGAUCUGCACCCAGCAAGAAAGAACGGGAUGAAAUAGAAGCAUUGAAAUUGCAGCUGGCUGAGAUUCAAGAAGACAUAAAACGCCGUGAAAAUAAAUGGAAUGCAGCUGCAAAUAGAUUUCGAAACAGGAUUCAAGAAUUAGAAAAUCAGAAUUUUGAGCUGAAGGAAAAUCUAGCUCUUUUGGAGCAAGAGCGUUUGCAAAGAUGGUUUAAAGAAGAUCAGCAUAAAGAUUCUUUGAGAGAAGAUGCUCCUUUAAAGCCCCCUGAAGAGCCCAAAAAGGAGAUGAUUAAGCAAGAAACACACGUCAAUACAAAACCAUUGCAGCAAAAUGUUCCAAGAAAAGUCAAGUCUAUAUUAAAGAGAAAUGGAAGUCCCGGAAGCGGAAGUGAAAGUGGCCAACCUAAUCGCAAAGUAGAAGGAAUUCCAAGAAAAGAUAUUUCGCCUUAUAUGCACCCAGAUGCUGCAAAGUUUUCGGAGAAAACGUUACCCAAACUGAUUCACGACGAUUUCAAAAAUCGUUUAUCUCUUACCCCUGAAAGACAAUUCACAAGCAGCGAAAUAUCGAAGCAAAAUGAUUCCCAGAUCAAGCAUCAUGACGGAAAGGUUGAGCGAGUUCUCAGUGAUGGUUCAAGAGAAAUCGAAUUCCCCAACGGAACCAAGAAAACAAUUGACCCUGUUACUCAGAACGUAGUUGUUUCCUUUUUCAAUGGUGACGUGAAGCAGAUGUUCCCUGAUGGCAGAACUAUCUAUUUCUACGCCGAAUCAAAAACCACUCAUACCUCGUACAAAGAUGGAACAGAAGUGUUUGAAUUUUCAAACGGUCAAUCGGAGAAACAUUUUACAGAUGGAAGAAAGGUCAUCACCUUUAACGAUCAAACCGUCAAAUGCAUUUUUACAAAUGGAGCCGAAGAGACUGUUUUUUCGGAUGGAACUAUUCAAAAUGUUGACGUUAAUGGUGAAAGAACUAUUUCAUUUCCAAAUGGACAGCGGGAAAUUCACACUGAAAGUUUCAAGCGGCGAGAAUAUCCUGAUGGUACGAUGAAAACAGUUUACCAAGAUGGCAGGCAAGAGACCCGGUAUUCUUCCGGGAGAAUACGCGUAAAGGACCAAUCUGGAAAUAUCAUCAUGGAUACCGGACAAUCUUCGUGACGUCAAUGAAUAUUUAUUGUUUUAAUAGCAGGUUGUAUCAAAUUGGUGUAUUUAGAGUGUUAAAUUACUUUUAUUACAAUGUUAAAUGAUUUGAAUAUUUACUCAGCAUUAAUUGUAUAUGAUUUUUAGGUUUUAGC